AUGACUGACAAACAAAAACAAUUACUCGCUGUGCUUGAGGAUAGUGCUACAGUGCUUCGGAAAACACAAGUUAACCUAAAGAAAUGCCCUAAAGAGAGAUUAACCAAGGGUUACAUCGAGUCUCGGCUUAAAAUGAUUGACGAAUACUGGGCUACGUUUAACCACAGUCACCAAGAGUUGGUCAAGGCUACACCUACGGAACAAAGGGGUGUUUUACCAUACUUUUUAAACGAAGAAUUCUUUGUUUACGAAGAUUUGUACAACGUACUCAGAGGAGAUUUGAUGGACCGAAUUGCAAGUUUAACGCAAGAAACUUUGAUGGAAACUUCUGUUGCUAACUCCAGCUAUGCUAUAGCAGGAACACAAAACAACUUCGUACGUCUGCCGCGGAUCGAGUUACCUACUUUUAGUGGAAGCUACGAAGAGUGGCCCGCGUUCAAGGAUUUAUUCAUGUCACUCGUGCAUAACAACAAGAUGUUAAGUGACGUACAAAGGCUACAUUAUUUGAAGACAAGUGUUACUGCUGAAGCGUCGUCGUUACUGAGGCACAUUCAAAUUACGUCUGAUAAUUAUUCACAGGCAUGGCUCAUCCUGAAAACAAGGUAUGGCAACAAACGAUUAAUUUUGAACAAUAAUUUGAAGAAAUUGGUUAACCAGCGUAAAAUGAACACACAAUCAGCUGCUCAACUGAAAAUACUCCUAGAUACAACGUCAGAGUGCUUACACAACAUUCAAAACCUGAAUGUUUCUGUUGACUCUUGGGAUCCACUUGUGAUAUUUUUGCUCGUUCAGAAAUUGGACCCAGAGACGCAUAAAGACUGGGAAGAGCAUGCGUAUAAGAGUGACUCUGAACCCUUACCGAAGUGGAACGAUUUUAAGGAGUUUCUAGAGGCCAAGUUUCGUACACUGGAACUACUUACGAAUAAUACAAAAGAAGUGAAGUCAAACAAGGAGCGAAGUACAUGCCAUGCUGCCACACCUACCUUCGAGAACAGGAGUUGUGUAAUGUGUAAAGAAAGUCAUACAUUAUGUCACUGCAAGGAGUUUACCAAGAUGGAACCUACGGAGAGAAGCGAAUAUGUCAAGAAUAACAACUUAUGUUACAACUGUCUAGUACCAGGGCAUUCAGCAUCAAAAUGUCGAGUACCUGUGUCCUGUAGAAUAUGUCACCGACGUCAUCACUCCCUUCUACAUCAACUAAAGCAGACUGAGCCUGUGGCCCCUACGAGUCCCUCACAACCACUGGCUUCAUCAUUACAUGUUGUAGAAGACAUAGAAGAAGUGCAAGCAAACACAGUGAUCGCGUUACAUCUCAAUACUAGACAUAAUUCAGCACUACUAGCGACUGCUGUGGUGGAAGCAAGAAGCAAUCAAGGUCACAUCAUUCCACUGCGCGCGCUAAUAGACCAGGGUUCCGAAGAAUCAUUUAUAAGCGAGAAAGCGGCUCAACUACUAAAGCUUGACCGACAACAUGUAAGGGGAAGCAUCACGGGCUUGGGUUCCAUGAGAGCAGAAAUCAACCACGCCUGUGAGCUACAAAUAAAAUCACAGUGGGAUAAAACAUUUGUCCUACCGGUUAAGGCUUAUGUAAUGUCGAAACAGCUGACCAGGAAGUUACCCAAGAAGCAUAUUGUUCAACAACCAUGGCCUCAUCUACAAGGAUUACAGCUAGCGGAUCCUAAUUACAACAACUCGGGACCCAUAGAUCUCUUGCUAGGGGUCCGAGUAUACGCUAGAAUACUGCAAGCAGAACUAGUCAAAGGUCCACCAGGUACACCAUGCGCACAAAAGACUGACCUGGGCUGGAUUCUUUUUGGAGAGAGUGAUAGCACAUCACAAGAAGAUUCUUACCUCGUCAUGCACCAUCAGGUCGAUAUAGAAGACACACUGAAGUCUCUAUGGGAAAUAGAAACAGACACCAAGAGAAAAUAUACCAAGGAAGAACAGCUAUGUGAAGAAAUCUAUGAAAAAACAGUCACUCGAAACCAAGAAGGAAGAUACAUUGUGAAACUGCCAUUUAAGACUGAGAAUCCAAAAGUACUUGAUGGUAAUACAAAAGAGAUAGCUACAAAGAGGUUCAUGCAACUAGAAAGAAGAUUUAAGCGUUCGCCGAACCUGAAAACAGAAUACAUAAAGGGUAUUAAUGAUUACCUUGAAGAAGGACAUCUAGAAGAAGUACCUGAAAAGGAAAAAGAAGAUAAAUCGGUAUACCUACCACAACACGCUGUAAUUCGCGACGAUAAAGAAACCACGCGCACACGUAUUGUAUUUGACGGCUCCUGCAAAGGAUCAAACAACGUCUCAUUAAAUGAUGAACUGAUGAUAGGCCCACAACUACAAGAUGACUUAAGAAAUCUUUUAAUGAGAUGGAGACUGAAACGAAUUUGCUUCGUGGCAGAUGUCCAGAAGAUGUACCGCCAAAUAUUGGUAACAAAAGAGGACGCAAAUUACCAACGCAUUCUUUGGCGACAAGACGAGUCUGAAGAGUUAAAAGAGUACCGUAUGCUUCGAGUCACUUUCGGUACCGCUCCAGCUCCAUACUUAGCGGUCAAGACACUUCAGAAGAUUGCUACUGAUGAAGAAGAGAAACAACUAGGUAAACAAACAAACAAGUACAGCGAAGUGGCAAUCAAAACAAUAAAAGAAGACUUUUAUAUGGACGACAUGCUGUCAGGGGCAGCAACCGCUGAGGAAGCGAUUGCAAUAGCUAAAGAAGUAACACGCAUCCUGAAACAAGGCGGAUUUCAACUCAUGAAAUGGUCCUCUAAUAACAUAGAAUUUAUGAAAUCUAUUGAUGAAGAUAAAAGAUCAGCGAAUGCACAGAUAGAACUGAACCUUGAUGGAACUAUAAAGGCACUUGGAAUUGCAUGGAACCUUGGUGCAGAUCAGUUUCAAUACAACUUGUCACUAUCACCAAUGCCAAAGACGAUAACUAAACGUGGGAUACUAUCAGAUGUACAAAAGCUAUUUGAUCCACUAGGCUGGAUCGCACCAAGCACUGUUAUGGCGAAGAUGCUGAUGCAAAGGUUAUGGCUUGAAAAAGUGUCUUGGGACGAAUGUGUCAGUCCUGAGCUCGAAGAAGAAUGGAAACAGAUAAGAGAUGAUUUUGAAAAUGUCAAAGAUAUAAAGAUGGAUAGAUGGCUUGGCACAACAGACUCGGAAGAAGAAAAGAUACAGAUACACGGAUUUAGCGACGCAUCUAUGCGAGCAUACGCUGCCGUCGUAUAUAUAAGAGUUGAAAGCGAGAACAAAAUAACAACCAAAAUCAUCGCUGCACGAACGAGAAUAGCACCUUUGAAAACUAUCUCCCUCCCGCGCUUAGAAUUAUGUGGCGCGUUACUCCUGUCUAAACUCAUGAAACAAAUUGGACAAGCGAUGAGAAUACCAACAACAAACAUGUUCGCAUGGACCGACUCUUCGAUAGUAAUCGCUUGGCUUUGUGGAGAACCCAAUAGAUGGAAACCGUUUGUAGCCAACCGCGUUGUAGAAAUCGUUGAGAACCUAAACAACAAACACUGGUACCAUGUGCAAUCUAAAGAUAAUCCUGCAGAUAUCGCUUCAAGAGGGAUGAAGCUGACCACACUUAAGAACUGUGAUCUGUGGUGGCACGGCCCGAGCUGGUUAUCUGAAAAAGAAAUAAAUAUUAGUAAACAAGAAGAUUUUACAACAGAUGAAGAAAUAAAGGUACAGAAAAUUCAAACUUACCUGAAUAUUGAAGACCUGGAAAGACAAGAAAAGGCACUGAGUACACAAUUUGGAGAUUUUGAUAACCUAACUGAACUACUUAAAGGUAUUGUCUAUUGCCUAAGAUUCUUAAACUGCAAGAAAGAUCCAGAUGGCAUUGAUAAGGAUAUUACUACAAUGGAAUUACAAAACGCCAUGAAUAUUUGCAUAAAAAAGGUACAGCAAGAAGAGUAUCAACAAAGACCUAAAUGGCUGAAAAAAGAGAAAGAGUUUAAAAUAGGAGAUCUAGUGCUUAUCAAAACUGAUAACUUACCUCCAGGCAAAUGGUCACUGGGCCGCAUCGUGGACAAACAUCCUGCUGAAGACGGUUUUACUAGAGUGUACAGUGUCAAAUCUGGUAGUGCUAUAGUGAAACGAUCUAUAUCUAAAUUAUGUGCGUUGCCCGUAGAUACUGAAACUUUGUAA